AUGUGUGGAAGGCAUGCACUUAUUCCUAGAUCUCAAGAUGGACGUGGUUUUCUUGCUACACUUGCCCAACAAUCAUGUGAAGAAAAUAGAUUAGAUGAGAUCAUCCUUCCCAAACUGAAAAAUCAAAUGAGAGAGGAUUCGUUGAAAGUGUUCUCCGCUACUGCAUAUCAAUGCUUAAAAGAAAAUAGAAGUGAUCGCCCAACAAUGGGUUCAAUCGUGGAGAAACUUGAAAAUGCAUUGAGGCUUCAAGUCUGCAACAAUUCCACAACAUUUAUUAAGGUAGGAACUUGUGGAAAACAAAGUGUGAGUUUGGAUGAUGAUCAAUGGUCUGUUGAACUGGAGCCAAAUCAUAAGCUUCAAAAAAUAACCAUUGAUCAUGGUGAUGUGAUAUACUCUCUCAUGUUCACUAGUCAAUGUAGAGAUAUCUUUCACAUUUCAAACAAGGUUGGUGGUUCGGCUGGGAGAGACUUUAUUUCCGAGGUCAUGCUUGAUACCGACGAGGAAAUAAUUGGUAUUAAAGGGACUAUUGAUACUGGAGAUAGUAAUACAUUUAUUUCAUCACUUACUUUUGAAACAAACAAGGCAACCUAUGGACCUUUUGGUCGAGCAUCAGAGUGUAUUUUCUCAAUACCAUGGGAAAAUGGCUCGUUAGUCGGUUUUUAUGGCAUUUCUGGUGAUUUUAUCAAUAGCAUCGGCGUCUAUCUGAAAGCCAAUGAUGAAAUCAUGAAGGUUGGAACAUGGGGAAGAACUGCCCCUGCGGGUCCAGAAAGUAUUUGGUCUUUCGAACUUGAGAGAAAUCAUCAUCUGCAGGAGAUAACCAUUGAUCAUGGCGAUUACGUAUAUUCUCUAGCUUUCACUUCACAGUAUAAAGGGUUAAGUUACAGGCCUGAAAAAGUCGGUGGUUGGUAUGAACCAUAUGGUGGAGAUAAAAAUUCCGUGGUAACAUUUGACUGGAAUGAAGAAAUUAUUGGCAUCGUUGGAACAGUUGCGGUAUCAGAGGGACUUCACGCUGGUUACACAGUCAUUUCAUCAAUUUCAAUUGUGACGGAUAAAAGAACUCAUGGGCCUUUUGGUACAGAAAGAGGAACACCAUUCACGAUACAAUGGGACAACAGUGGUUCUUUUGCCGGAUUUUAUGGCGUUUGUGGUGCUUAUAUUGAUAGCAUCGGUGUCUACUUGAAGUCCACGUUGUAA